UUACUUUGUCGGUAAGACACAACGAGGCCGGUUUGAUUCUGGUCUUCAGUUGCUAUUCUGUUCAAUUGGAUCUAUAUAUGUGCGUCCAGGUACCGUGUCAAAUACGGGAACUGCAAAUGCAAUUUGACGAACAAGCCUUCGUUUCGCGGAAUCUUGCUCCAGUUGGCAGUGAAUUUCGACGCAUAUACGGCGGUUCAUCUCGAAGUUUGGAUACAGUGCGGCGCUAGGUUUGAUAUUGGAGGAUAAUUUUUGUUCAGUGUAGUGUGUAGAAAGAGCUGGGAGAAGAUUUUGGAGUGGAAACGUUGUAGUUUUGGUUGUUUAGGAGAACGGUCGGGAUUGGCUUAGGCUUGAAGGGACGGGAAUCUAAUGGAUAUACUGGAGAUUUCGAUCUUACAUCACGUCGGCAUUGUGCUUUCUGUGAUUUGGAUUCUUUCUUCCUUCAAUUGUUGCCACCCGGUCGUCUACUUCGUCUCUGUAAUUUACCUAUAUUUGGUUCAUGAGCGAUAUGUAAAGCGAUUGAGAAGAACACUACGGUUCGAGGAGAGGAAACAGUCUAAUCAAAGACGGGUGCUGUCCGAUUCUGAAUCAGUGCGAUGGUUGAAUCAUACAGUCGAAAAGAUCUGGUCUAUUUGUAUGGAGCAGAUAGUUUCACAGAAAAUUCUCCUCCCUAUUGUACCUUGGUUCUUGCAGAAAUACAAACCGUGGACUGUGAAGGAAGCUGUGGUUCAGCAUCUGUAUAUGGGAAGAUCACCACCUAUGAUCACAGAGAUGAGGGUUCUUCGUCAAUCCACCAGUGAUGACCACUUGGUUUUGGAGUUGGGAUUGAAUUUUCGUACUGCAGAUGAUAUGAAUGCAAUACUUGCAGUGAAACUAAAGGAGGGACUGGGUUUUGGAAUGUGGACAAAGCUACAUUUGACGGGCAUGCAUGUUGAAGGGAAGGUCUUGGUUGGGGUAAAGUUCCUUCGUCAAUGGCCUUUCCUUGGCCGUUUGCGGGUAUGCUUUGUUGAGCCACCUUAUUUUCAGAUGACUGUAAAACCUAUUUUCAGUCAUGGCCUUGAUGUGACAGAACUUCCAGGGCUUGCGGGAUGGCUGGAUAAGCUUCUGGCGCUUGUAUUUGAGCAAACACUAGUUGAGCCCAACAUGCUGGUUGUUGACAUGGAGAAAUUUGUUUCACCACAGCCAGAAUGUUGGUUCUCUGUGAAUGAGAAGGAGCCAGUUGCUUAUGCUAUAGUGGAAGUUAUUGAAGCUGUUGACAUGAAACCUUCGGAUCUAAAUGGAUUGGCUGAUCCAUAUGUAAAAAUGCAACUAGGUACUCAAAGAUACAGGACUGCAAUACAAAAGAAAACACUCUCUCCAAAGUGGCAUGAAGAAUUUAAGAUCCCCAUUUUUACAUGGGAGUCACCAAAUAUGCUUGCUAUUGAAGUUCUUGACAAAGAUCAUAUUUUUGAUGAUGGCCUUGGGGAAUGUUCUGUACUUAUCAACGACCUUAGGGAUGGCCAAAGAUAUGACAUGUGGUUGCCUCUCCAGAACAUCAAAAUGGGGCGAUUACAUCUUGCCAUAACUGUAACUGAAGGCAAUAAGAAGGGGCCAGAUAUAUCCUGGGACAGUAAAAAGUUAAAUGAUGAUAAUGAAGGAAAAUCAUCAAAUGAGUCUUCUCAGAAAGGUUCUCUUGCAACUGGACUGUCAGAGAAGCCUCAAAAAGUUGCAGAUAAAUUUGAGCCCAUCGAUAUUCAAGGGCAACAAGAGACUGGGAUAUGGGUCCACCAACCCGGCAGUGAAGUUUCGCAAAUAUGGGAGCCUAGAAAAGGAAGGAGCAGGCUUCUUGAUUCGCAUAUUGCCAGAGAGUCUGCUCCCUCCAAUAAUGAUAGUAGCAGCACUGAGGAUAGCCCGGAAGGCAAUAAAGGACAACCACCAAACAAAGUGGCUAGGGGUCUGCAGAAGAUUGGUUCCUUAUUUCACAGGAAAUACAAACAGGGUGAUACAUCCAAAGGGAUUGAUGAGCCACUUCCAUCUCCACGUGCCAAUCUUAAGGCAGUCAAUUCCAAAGAGACUGGCGUGAAUCUCAUCGUGGAGGACAGCCCUUCUUUAUCAUCUCCUGUCGGCGUUCCAAAAGCAGAAGGUAUAGAAAGUCCCGAAGGAAGUGACCAGGAGAGCCCACACAAGAAAGGAGUGAAGGAUAAGGCAAAGAGCAUUCUAAAGCACGCGGGAAGAUCUGCUUCUAAUGUCAAGCAUGCAUUUUCUGGUAAAGGGUCCAAAAAAUCACGGCGUGGUUCAGGAUCAGAGGCGACAGGAAGCAAUUCUCCAGGGUCAAAAUCUUCUGAUGAGGAAUGUCUUCAGCCACAGAUUUACGCCUCUAAAAUAGAUGGGACUCCCGUUGUUUCCAGAUGCAUAUCCAGCUCCGGUGGUUCUUUCAAAUCUGAAAAACUUAAUGAUCAGGCAACACCAAGUGCCCCUGCAAUGGAUGUUGAGGUCCCAUUAGAUGAAGUUAAUGUUAAAGGUGCCGAGAAGGAAAGUGACAUCUCAUCAAGCAACUCUGAUCAAAAUGACGUACUGGUCAAGGUAUCACCCACCCACAAAAAUUCCUCGGAGGAUUUACGUAUGGAUGUCUCUAAUGCUGAGUCGAAAAAUUUUAGAUAGUCAUCGCUUGAGUGAUCUAGUGAAAACCGGGUGUAUUCUUCACUGUGCUCGUGUUCAAUUCGUUUGUUUGUAGAUCCUAUUAGGUUGGAACUCUGGUGGUGGAUUCAUUAUCUUUGUUGCGACUCAAAGCCUGUACGUACAUCGAUGAUGUGUGAAUAAUAGUUGCAUUCAAGCUUGAUAGUGUAAGUUGGGAAUGAAAUUCUGAAGCAUGCAGGUACUUCUGCAUCAGAUAUUCCUUUCUGCAAGCUGAAUCAAAGCACACCGACUUUCCAGCCGUGAUGGAGCUGCCAAUUA